CUGUGUACACAGUAAAGCGUGGCUGCAGCGCCUCCCCCGACCCGAAAGAAGACAAGCUAGCCAGUCCCAUGGUCAGUCCUCCACUAUGCUAACCAAACUGCGGAACUACAGCAGCCACACAGACCGUUGCUCCACAUUUGUAGCUUGAAGUUGAGGUAUAGGGUUAACACACGAAGGCCGUCCUUAUCCCUCUUUUGAGUAGCUUAUCGACUGCAGCUAAAAUAGCUAACGACAACAGUCACAAGUUACUGGUUAAGUUAAUGUUAGCAAGUGGCGUGGUUUGACAGCUAGCGCUAACUAGCUAGCUAGCCUUAUUGGUAUUCGACGUCAGUUUCAAAACAAAGCCCGCAAAACGGAAAAGUUUGGACUCACCUCCAGAAUAUCUUGUUUCAAAACAAGCUAGCGGGGUUUGUCAAUCGACGGAAGACUAAUUAGCUACGCUAUUCAGAUUAUGAUUGAUACGCUGAGUUAAUGCCUAGCUAGCUAAUUAACGGUAACAUAUUUCCCUGAGGUUAAGGCUAUAGAGCUGUCAGCAGUUUUGGCUGUGACGCGUUUGAAUUAUAACUAAUUCAGCAAACCUAGCGGGCAGCUACGUGCUUCGGUCAAUAAAGUUAGGUUUAAGUUUUCUUUAAAGCUUGGAUUUAAAUGUCCGAAAAGAGUUCAUCGUCCGGUUCCGAUGAGGAUGUGGACCCUGAAUCCGGGCAGCCUGUGGAGCUCGGAGGCGUCUUAAGCAAGUGGACUAAUUACAUACACGGGUGGCAGGACCGAUGGGUCGUGUUGAAAAACAAUACUUUGAGCUACUACAAGUCGGAGGAUGAACGGGAAUACGGCUGCAGGGGGUCUUUGUGCCUCAGCAAGGCUGUUAUCACACCUCAUGAGUUUGACGAGUGUCGUUUUGACAUCAGCGUGAACGACAGCGUUUGGUACCUCAGAGCUGAAGAUCCUGAGCACAGACUCCAGUGGAUUGAGUCGAUAGAGCUUCACAAGGCAGAGUCUGGUUAUGGUUCAGAAACCAGUCUCAGGCGCCAUGGUUCCAUGUUGUCUCUCACGUCAGCAGCCAGUGCCUUGUCUGCCACAUCCACAUCCUCCUUCAAGAAGGGGCACAGGUUGCGUGAGAAGCUAGCAGAAAUGGAAACAUUCAGGGACAUUCUGUGCCGACAAGUGGACACCCUGCAGAAAUACUUUGACACCUGUGCUGACGUUGUCUCCAAAGAUGAAUUUCAGAGAGACAAAGUACUAGAGGAGGACGAAGAAGAAUUUCCUACCACUACAAAACCCAAUGGCGAAUAUAAUCACAACAACAAUGGCAGCAAAGAGAAAUUGUGCCCCCCUGCCAGUCCCAAAUGUAUGAAUGGAAUAGACUUCAAGGGUGAGGCCAUCACCUUUAAGGCCACCACAGCAGGCAUCCUCUCCACCUUGUCUCACUGCAUCGAACUGAUGGUUAAACAAGAGGACAGCUGGCAGAAGAGACUGGACAAGGAGCUCGACAAGAGGAGGAGGGUAGAAGAUGCCUACAAGUCUGCUAUGUAUGAAAUGAAGAAAAAGUCACACUACGGAGGCCCAGACUACGAGGAGGGGCCGAACAGUCUGAUCAAUGAGGAUGAGUUCUUCGAUGCGGUGGAAGCCGCACUGGACAGACAGGACAAGAUAGAGGAGCAGUGCCAGUCAGAGAAGGUUAGGAUACCUCGACGAACUCUGGUGCCUCCAGGAGACAUCUACUCCACCAUCGGUACACACCGAUUUGCCCCCAAGGUGGAGGAGAUGGUGCAGAAUCAUAUGACUUAUUCUCUUCAGGACGUGGGUGGAGAUGCCAACUGGCAGCUGGUAAUAGAAGAAGGAGAGAUGAAGGUGUACAGGAGAGAAGUCGAGGAGAACGGUAUUGUGCUGGAUCCUCUCAAAGCUACGCAUUCUGUGAAGGGGGUGACCGGACACGAGGUCUGCCACUACUUCUGGGACACGGCUGUCCGACUGGACUGGGAGACCACCAUUGAGAAUUUCAACGUUGUGGAAACGCUGUCGGAUAAUGCCAUCAUUGUUUACCAGACUCACAAGAGAGUGUGGCCUGCCUCUCAGAGAGACGUGCUCUAUCUGUCAGCCAUCAGGAAGAUCUUGGCAACAAACGAAAAUGAUCCUGACACAUGGCUGGUCUGCAACUUCUCUGUUGACCACAACAAUGCCCUUCCCACAAACCGGUGUGUUCGUGCCAAAAUCAAUGUUGCUAUGAUCUGCCAAACGCUGGUCAGCCCACCAGAGGGUGAUAAAGAGAUCAGCAGAGACAACAUCCUUUGUAAGAUCACCUAUGUUGCCAAUGUAAACCCAGGAGGCUGGGCUCCAGCCUCAGUCCUCAGAGCAGUGGCCAAGAGAGAGUAUCCCAAGUUCCUCAAGCGCUUCACCUCCUACGUCCAGGAGAAAACUGCUGGGAAGCCCAUCCUCUUCUGAACGCAAAGAGGCUUGCAAAGGGCCAAGGUUGCUCACUAGAGAAACUACAAUGUUCAGCCUUUAAUCGGUUGUCAAAGACUACAUUACCCAUUUAGUCGUCAAUUUGAAUGUU